AGUGCGCAAAAGCUACUCGGCCGAUUUGAUAAUAAGAAUCAACGUCAUCCGCAUUGCCGCCGCUAGCAUCGAGCGCUCUGACUCUUCUCUUCAAUAUGCUUGUUCCUCGCUCUUUCAAGUACUCUUCAUCACCGCCGUCCGACGUGCAGAAACAAAGACGCCCUCCAACAACGAAAUCAAACAGGACUUUCGUCCUUUCCUCAACUUCCACCUCGACUCCGCCCCCACACUCCGACGCUGCUUCUCUUUAUAGCCAACCCCCACCCCAGUCACCCUGGAUUCUCACAGCCCCCAUGCCUUCAACACUGCAACCCUCGAGACCUGUCGAGAUCCCAACUCGACGGAGUCCCAGAGAAGCAAAGCAUGCCAGAACAUCCAGAUCCAGUUAUAGCUGCGCCUCCCUGGAUAUGCUCCUUGGAUCAGAUGAAGACGAUUACGAGCACAUGUACUCCUCGAGAUCGACUUCGUGUGACUCAAUUCCCUCUCUGGAUGGCGAUGAGGCCUCGGUGCUGUCUAUCAGCAAUCCUGCCACCCCAGACUCCAUUCGUAGCCGCAAGUCCAGCAUGGGUAGCUACCGCAAGGAGAAGAUCUUCUGUACACCAGAGAUUGAAGACUGCAGUGUUGAUCACCCGCUUGGUCUGUCGGCUUUGGACUUUGAUGAAGACCUCAUCUUUAUCAACUCGCCGUGUCCCAAGGACCGCAAGCAGCGCAAGUCUGGCGGCUUCCGCUCGAACCUGAGUUCGUCGCUCCAGGCAAUCAAGUCUCGCGUGACUUCGUCGUUCUCGUCGUUGAACCUGAAUCUGGAUGAGGAUUCUUUCUCAGAUGCGUCCCUGUGGCAACAUCCUUACCUUUUCCCAAGAUUAAGCUCUGAGCUGAGACCUACCCCUUUCACCUCGACCCCUUCAAAAUCACAUCGCCAGUAUCUGAACCCUCGGUCGGCCCCAGUUCCCUUUGAGGAGCAACAGCACCACUGGCAAAAGGCUCUUUCUUCAUCCGACUCGCCUGACUAUGAGUUCUCCGAGUCCCCGAUGAUCCAGAUGCAAACCUACAACAAACGAGCCGCCUCAUCUCCACGCCGCUCACGCCGCGGUUCGAGCACUGGCGCACCAGAUCCCCGCUCGGAAGCCGGCCGCGCUAUGUCCGGGCACGUGCCUAUGCCGACAAGACAGCGUGAGCCUCGCGAGAAUUCCGACUUUUUACGUGUCAUUGUGCUGGAGAUGAACAUGCGCCGUGGAGGCAAGUUUGAAGAGGGUGCAAGUGGUCGUGCCAGAAUCUGGUUGCCACCACGCAAGCAACCUGUCGCACGCCACAGCGUGUUUUCCGACGACGAAGACGACGACGAGAUUGCUCCCGCUGGCGACUCCAGGAUUGCCACCAAAAAGAUCCCUCGUCGCUGGGUGCCAGUUUCGAUGGAGUAAUUGUUACUCGAUAGAAUCCACUUCCGGACCCUGGAUCGGCUUCCGUCUCUCGCCUGAUGAUUGAGUUCGAGUUUCUUUCAGAACACGACAUCUCCGGAGAACGGCUGUUCAUCUUGGUCAAAAGUUGUGAACAUCUUUCCUAUUGAAGAGCAUCUGUUCUGGACACGUGCGCCCUUCUACGUGGGGUCGUCUUACGACAUGUUCGCACCAUCUCUCACAACGAUCAUCUUUCUAUUUUCUUGUUUUCUCAUGGAGUUAUUUUC